AGAGCGUUGAACUCGCAAACCCCCUCCUACAGAAACCAGGCGAGGAUAGACCCGGUUUAGACCAGGUUUAGACCAGGUUUAGACCAGGAUUUGGACCAGAUAUUCAGGUUUGAGGACAGAGUCUGGAGAAACUGAGGUUACCACAAAUCCUUGGAGGUUAGUGGUUCCUUUCAACGUUCUGUGAGGUCAGGACUUCUGGAGGACAUGGAGCUCAGAUGUUCUGACAUUCCUCAUGUGGAUCUGGAAAUAAACGAAGAAGAACCAGAACCUGGGAUUUUAGAACUUCUACAAAUCCUCAGACCAGACUGGUGUCUGGAGCAAGUCUACAUGAAGUCUUUUACAGAGGGGAUCACAAACCGUUUAAUUGGUUGUUUUGUGAGACCAGACCAGAGACCAGACCCGGACUCAGACUUGGUCUUGGUCCGGCUCUACGGCAGGCACACAGACCUGUUUGUGGACCGGUCCAGGGAGGUCCAGAUGGUCCGACUCCUGGAGUCCAGAGGCUGUGGUCCAAAGAUCUACUGCAGCUUCAGAAACGGCAUCAGCUACGAGUACCUGCCGGGGGCACCACUGAGCGACCGCCUGCUCACACAGCCCCACAUAUACAGGUUGGUCGCAGCUGAGAUGGCGAUGCUUCACUUGGUUCAGAUUAAGAACUCUGAAUCUGAGGAACCGGUUCUUUGGAAAAAGAUGGAGCAUCUCCUGAACCUUAUUCAAAUGAACCAAUCAGAGGAGAGCCAGGGCAACCACAGCCAGUCAGAGGAGAGCAGGCACAACCACAGUCAAUCAGAGAGCAGGUUCUGGUCCGGUCUGGUCCCCGGUCCUGAGGUGUUGAGGACUGAGAUGGUUUUGUUAAAGUCCAGUUUGAGUCGGCUUCGGUCUCCAGUAGUCCUUUGUCACAACGACCUGCUCACCAAGAACAUCAUCUACAACAAGGAAAUAGGAACAGUGAAGUUUAUAGAUUUUGAAUACUGCGACUUUAACUAUCAGGCGUUCGACAUCGGAAACCACUUCAACGAGUUUGCAGGAGUGAGUGACCUGGACUACAGCCGGUACCCGAGUCCCGGACUACAAAAGGACUGGAUCACGACCUACCUCAAAAACUACAGCCAGGAAACAGGAAGUGAGGUCACUGAGCAGGAAGUGACACGCCUCUAUGUCCACGUCUGCAAGUUCUCAUUGGCCUCAAACCUGUUCUGGGGGAUGUGGGCAAUUCUUCAGUCCAAGCUCUCGUCCAUAGAUUUCGACUUCAGAAGUUACGCUGCAGCGAGACUCAAGUUUUACUUUGAGAAGAGAGACCAGUAUUUGGACCUGGACCCGGACCUGGGACCAGACCGAGAUCUGGAACUGGGGCCAGACCGGGACCCAGAUCAAGACUCAAACCUCUAUAAAUAA